GCCUAAUCCCAGUACAAUGUGCAAGUCAAUUUCCUCGCUGUCUCUGGCCCUCCUCUGUGUGCUGUGCACCCUGGCGGCAGUUAGCUCCGACAACGAGAUGCGUCUGUGCAGCGUGCGACUGAACGACAUGCUCAGCAGGAUGUGCGUCAGGGGCUUCAAUCGCAUCAUCCAGAAGCGCAACAUGCCUUACAUGGACCUGGACCCACUCGAUCCCAUUCAGUUCACCGAGGAGAAGGAAUUGCCCUCGAGCUCCGCCGAGCUGCUCUCGUAUCCCAUGACCAAUAGCCGACUGCGCAACAUCUACCAGGACAACGUGCUCAACUCUCUGACCUCCACCCGGCGUCGCACCCGCGAGGGCAUCGUCGACGAGUGCUGCAGGCGCUCCUGCAAGCUCAGCGAGCUGAAAGCCUACUGCGCCGUCUAGAUUGCCACGACCCACAAAAGCUCCGCGAUCACAGUACCUUGAAAUUCUACCCUACCUUGUGCCAGCCACAUAUUGUAUUUAUAUUAUAGACGCUUCAAAAUAAA